AUGUUUUUCCCGAAUUGUAGAAACUCGUGUUGAUUUUCCUAAGCAUCUUAACAACUAAAUUGUAGCCAAACUAUCCUUGCUUGAACGGAAAAAGAGAGAUUAUUCGGAAAGCUUUUAAUUCUUAUAUAUCCAUUCCACUCGAUAACACCUCGAUACUGUCACAACACUUUUCUUUUGGUGAAUCUUAAAUAAUUCAACCCUGUUGAAACAUAAAUCAGCCCUUGUUGAAAAAAAAAAAAGUAAUGGAAGGGAGUAUUAACGAUCGCACAUGGGUACUUGCCCUUGAGGCACCUUCUUUAUCUCCUGUAAAGCCCAACCGCGCUCGAAAAGCGAAGUCUUAUCCUGAAGUUGUGGGUCAUACAGAUUCCGCUGUUGGUGGUAGUGAUAGUGGUGGUGCUGUUGCUGGUGCUGCUGGUGAUAAUGGUGUUGCUUCUUCACAAAACCCGUCGAAGAAGCGCCGUGGUAGGCCAUCGGGCACGGGAAAGAAGCAGCAACAAGAAGCUUCAGAUUCUACUGCUGUUGGUGGUGAUAAUGGUGCUUUGUCGGAAAACCCUUCUAAGAAGGCCUGUCGUAGGUCCCUGGGCUCCGGAAAGAAGCAGCAGCAAGAAGCUUUAGGUGUCGUUGGAUUUGGCUUUACACCGCAUCUUAUCACUGUGAACGCCGGGAAGGACAUAGCGUCAAUGAUAAUGACUUUUUUGCUGCAAGUACCACAGGCAGUUUGUAUUCUCUCCGCAACUGGAGUUAUAUGUAAUGUUACCCUCCGGCAACCUUCAAUGGAUGGUGGCAGUGUGACUUAUGAGGGUCUAUUUGAAAUCAUCUCAUUAUCGGGUUCAUUCUUGCUGUCAGAAAUUAAUGGUAGCCGUAGAAGAAAAGGUUGUCUAAGCGUGUCAGUGGCUGGACCAGAUGGUAGAGUUUUGGGCGGUGGAGUUGCCGGAAUGCUUGUGGCUGCCACUCCAGUACAGGUAGUUGUGGCCAGCUUCAUUGCGGAAGAGGAAAAGCCUAAGUCUGAGGCACCAUCUUCAAUUCCGCCUCCAAAUAUGUUGAAUUUUGGUGCACCGGUAACCGAGGCGAGCUCUCCUUCCCCGGGUGCCUCAAGCGACUCAUCCGAUGAGAACGGUGGUAGUCCUCUCAGCCACGAACGGAUACCUUUUGGUAAUGUUUCUCAACCGAUGCACGGGAUGCCAACAACAUAUUAGGGCCAAACAAUGUGAAAAAGCUUCUUUAAACUGACAUGAUGCGACUGAGUAGGCUCAAAUUUUAGGCGUUAGAUCGAUUUCAUGACUUAAGCUUGCUUAUAUUUUUUUUGUCUCUUUUCGUUAGCUUUUGUCUACCCUAAGUCUUAGACUCUUAGUAUAUGUUAGGUGACCUUUGGUUGAGUAUCAUUUUAUUUUCAGAUUAACAAACCUUUUUAUUUGUAACUUUCUUAUGGAUUAGGUCUUAAUGCAAUUACCCCUUUCUGCCA